AUGGUGUAUCCCUCGUAUCUUCUCUUGUGUCUGGCAGUCUGCGAUUUUAGCAGAGCCGCUAUCAACACAAACACGGGGAAUUCGGCUGACGAGACCACAAUCACCACCGCCUCACGAGUGAUUCAGGGUGUGACAAGCUCAAUCCAGAGGUGUUUGUCUGGUCGUGUUUGUCUACCCACACUCAAGUCAUUCCAUGUCAUUGGGAAAAACAGUGUGAAUUGGCAAGGCAGGAUUCUCUCCGCCACACCAAGCUCUCCCUAUUAUUCGUGCGAGUUGCGCACCAGCAGCAUUGCACUUGGUCUUUCUGAAUGCACUGCGCGUUGUUACCGGUGUCGGCACCUGGAAAGUGUCGAAAAGGACAUCCUGUGGCACGCUGGUCUGGCGAUUUGGUGUCGCAGAUCCUUUUCUCCAUCGGAGCUGAUUGCGAUGGGUUCUUGGCGGUCUGCUGGCAUUGGCGACAACUCUUUGCUCUGUCGUCGAUUUGCUGAUCUAUAUUUGGCUAGUAAGCGUAGCUGCGGACGAAAGACUUCAUGCGACCUAUGCCGAAAUGACUAG